GCGGCAAACGACGACCCCAAUUCCAAUUUCAAAAUGGCAUUACUCACUUCGUUCCGCAUAAUAACAAGACCAGGAUUUCUCAUUUUUCAUCUCCCAAAGAACAAUUCUGCUACAGUUAAUCCCCCCAGGAAAACCCCUCGUUGGAUCACAAUGUCGUGGACAUGCUCAAAGUGCACUUUCAUCAAUCCACCGUUUCAACAAUCAUCCUGCCAAAUCUGCCUAUCUGCACAACCAUCGCAAUCAUCGUCACCGGUAAAACCUAAAUGGGCAUGCAAAGACUGCACUUUCUUGAACCCAUAUCAAAGCACAAGUUGUGAAAUCUGUGGAGCUAGGGCUUCUGCAUCUUUACUCUCCAUUCUUGAAGUUGAUGAUGAUGAUAUUCAUGAAGCGCAAUUGGGCUCCGGCUCCUCUAUUGGGAGCAUUUUCUACCCUUUGAAGUCUUGUAAUAAUACGAAAAGGGAAAAUCAAGGAAAUCGAGAUUUGACGAACGGUGGUGGUGAUUUGGAUGAUGCUUCUCGAGGGUUUAAGGGUGGUUUGUUGGAUUUGCAGCCUAGCAAUAAUAAGAAGGAAAAUAUGGAGAGCCCUAAUGUGUGUACUGGUGAUGGCAGCGCGGCUUGUUCUUCUCGUGGGUUAAAGGGUUCUUUUCCGCCUCUGCGUCCUUGUGGCAAUAAGAGGAAAAACAGGGAAGACGCAGAUAUGGGUGGUGAUGGUGGAGCAGGUGAUUCUAUUGAGUUUAGAGCUGUAAAGGCUGGAAAUAAGGCUGUUGAAGUUGAAUCCCUGGGUGCAGCUGUAAGUGAUACUCAUUUAGGCACUAAACCUAAAACAACGAAGAUUUUGAGUUACAAUAUUUGGUUUCGAGAAGAUCUUGAGGUGCAAAAGAGGAUGAAAUCUCUUGGAGAUCUUAUUCAACUGCAUUUGCCAAAUGUUAUAUGUUUUCAGGAGGUUACUCCAAAUAUUUACAAAAUUUUCCAGCAAUCAAGUUGGUGGAAGGACUACCACUGUUCAGUGUCAAGUGAAGUGGCAUUUUCAGGGCCAUAUUUCUGCAUGCAGUUAAGUAAUCUUCCAAUAAAAUGCUACAGCUCCAAACCUUUUAACAAUACUAUAAUGGGAAGAGAACUUUGUAUUGCUGAAGGUGAAGCGCAGACAGGUGCUGAAUUGGUUGUUGCCACAAGCCAUCUGGAAAGUCCCUGUCCAGGCCCGCCAACAUGGGAUCAGAUGUUUAGCAAGGAACGUGUAGAUCAAGCAAAGGAGGCUGUAAAGCUUCUUGACAAAAAUCAGAAUGUCAUUUUUUGUGGUGAUAUGAACUGGGAUGAUAAGUUGGACGGUCAAUUUCCUUUAUCUGAUGGAUGGAUUGAUGCUUGGACAGAGCUAAGACCUGGAGAAGUUGGAUGGACAUAUGACACCAAAUCAAACAAGAUGUUGAGUGGUAACCGUACUCUGCAGAAACGGCUGGAUCGAUUUGUAUGCAAGUUGAGAGAUUUCAAGAUAAGUGAAAUUGAAAUGAUUGGGAUGGAUGCGAUUCCUGGUCUAUCAUACAUGAAGGAAAAGAAAGUGAAAAAGCAGGUUCAAAAUAUGGUGCUUCCUGUUUUACCUAGUGAUCACUAUGGACUACUUUUAACAAUCUGUUCCAACAAGACGACUUAAUACUAGUGUCAGUACAGGGACUUGUAUCUCUCAUUUUGUUCUUUCGUGUUCCCAACUGCUGUUGUGCUUGCUUUGCAGUUUAGAGAUGUAAGGGCCUGAGAACUCUAUUCUCCAUUGUUCGACUUUUUGCUUCUCUGCAAUGAAAUGCUUUUGGAGAUAAAUUCAAUAGUUGAAUGUGCAGCUUGUUGAAUCGCUGUCUUUUGCUACAA